AUGCCGGCAAAACAUCUGGGAAUGUAUCUAGUCGCCUGCAGGGAAUAUGUAAAAUGGUCUUACCGGAAACCAAAGGAGGAUUGCCACGGAAUGAAGACUGUUGGAUUGUGUAGAGAAGUCCUCGGCUCACCGUUGCAGGAGCCGCAGGACGGUGAGUCGAAGACUUCUUACGCAAUACAACAGUCUUCGACCAAGGGCAAUCCUCCUCCUUCCGGCCGGGGCACUUCACGAAUUCCAGGCAUUUCACUUUUCCAUCGAAAUGGAAAGUCAUGCCACAAUAAAUCACAAAGGAACUCUUCGAAACCCGGCUUGCAUUCAUAA